CUGCAGACUUCCUUUCCUCAAAACUCAACAUUUCAAUGGCAAAACUGCCCUCUUGGUGUGCAAAUUGAACAGGAUUCCUUGGGGAAGGGUCCCCAAACCAAACUUCCUGCCAUGAGUGACAACGAUGACUCAGCGGCCCUAAAGGACUGGGUAGAACUGCCCCCUGGAAGUUUCCGAAAUGGGAUUGAUCAGGUACAGUUUGGGCAACCAUGACCAGGUGGGCACGAGUCACGGCCACAGCUAACCGGAGACCUUUGGCGGCAACACCAUGGCAGGAUAUGAAGAAGGGGCCCAAAGACGGAGGAAGUCAAAGCCAAGCCAAGGGGAAAUCAUUCGAAGCCCAUGGACUGCCCCUGAAAAAUGACACACUCCAAACAAAACACAAAAGGAACAAAAAGAAAAAAGAGUACUUAAAUGAAGAUGUGAAUGGGUUCAUGGACUACCUAAGGCAGAGCUCACAGGUGGCUCACAAUGGGGAGAGGGGAGCAGCUGUCAGUGCAGAAAUCAGGGAAGACAUUGCACUUGCUCUAAAGAAAGACAGUCGGAGGGAAGGAAGAAGAUUAAAAAGGCAAACAGCAAAGAAAAAUGCAAUGGUCUGCUUCCAUUGUAGACAACCUGGACAUGGGGUUGCAGACUGCCCAGCUGCCCUUGACACUCAGGAUACAGGCACUGGAAUCUGUUAUCGUUGCGGGUCCACAGAGCACGAGAUAACUAAGUGCAAGGCUAAAGUGGACAUAGCUCUUGGUGAAUUUCCUUUCGCAAAAUGUUUCGUGUGUGGGGAGAUGGGACACCUGUCCAGAUCUUGUCCUGAGAACUCCAAAGGCGUCUAUGCUGAUGGUGGUGGCUGCAGACUUUGUGGCUCCGUGCAACACUAUCAGAAAGACUGCCCAGAAACGAAGAACUCCGAUCGAGCGGUCACGGUUGGUCGCUGGGAAAAGGGAAUGAGUGCAGACCAUGAAGACGUUUUGGAUGCUCCUAAGCUACAGGCACCCAGAACCAGGUUGCCCAAAGUUGUUCAUUUCUGAACAUGUCUGCUCCCCAGAGGGACUGGGCUUCCUGGGAGGCCCGUGAGAUCCGGUCACGGCCAAGCCUCGUUUCCUGGGUUUGGCCAGCCAAGGAGGACCUUCUUCCACAGUUUGGAGAACACCCUGGAAACAGUCCUCGAUGUUUACAUGAACUUCCCCAAAACUCAACGAACACACGGCACCUGGGUAUAACUCGGCUGUACGUACCUGAUUAACAAUCCUCUUUCUUAAAAACAAUCUCGCAUUAAUGCAAACCACUGUAAACAAAAGGUCUCUUUGCCUUUGAAGAUCAACUUUUCUCAUACUGUUUUCUUCAAAGUGGAAAUCUUAUUAUUACAAUAGAAAUGUAUUUAAAAUGGCCACAAAAUUGCUGUAUUUUUACAAUACAGAAUAAAAGCCAUUUACCUGGC